UAGACGUUUCACCCAGCAGCCUCUUGUUUGUGCUCGAGACCCUCCGCGCAGUUUCAGGUCGCGCGCUGCUCCAUCACGAGAGCUCGUGACUGACCGGUUUCCUCGCGUAGGACUGUCAAAGCUUGAGUGGAUGGCGCCUCCCCUUUUCCUCUAUGUGACCAACAAUAACUCAUCCGCUGUUUUGCACUGUGCGUUCACACUCUGAGAGGAGAUGUGGUCAGGAUAGAUCUGCGCUCUUUUUUCUUCGUGCACCAAAAUACGUUUUUGUAAUAAACGUAUUGUUGCGUCCGCCUUUUUUUCCUUUCUCGUUUUUCUUUUUGUAGUUUUAUUUAUUACAAUGAAGGCCAGCGUGCCGGUUCGCCCUCAUAAGGUUCCUUCUAGCUGCAGUCAGCUCUCCUUGCGUUAUUUGUCGGAGAGCAGCCGAUGCAAAAUGGAAGAUGAGGAUCUUUUCUGUCUGCAGUACGACAUGAACGACUGCUACAGCCGACUCAAACGCCUGGUGCCCACUAUUCCGCAGGAUAAGAAAGUCAGUAAAGUGGAAAUCCUCCAGCAUGUCAUUGACUAUAUUCUGGACCUGCAGCUGGCGUUGGAAACGCACCCUGCGCUCCUGAAACAGACGAGCCCACCCGCUUCCACACGGACUCCACUCACACAAAUCAACACAGAGCAGGUGCACAAAUGAACCCAUCCAAAGCCAAGCCCCGCUUCACCAGGCAAUCCAACACACAUCUGGCCAAUUACAGUGGAGCAGGACUGAAACUAAUAUCUAAAAAAAAUCACAAUUUGUAAACAUUUUGUGGUCAACUAUCAAACAUGCAGUGAUGCCAGUCUGAUUUCUCAUGUGGAUUUGGACAGCGAAUCAGUACCCACACUAUCUUUUCCUUUGGUAUUUCAUUUUGAAGGCACCUAAGUUAAAAAAAACACCUGGGUGUAAAUUUACAGUCUCUAAAGCUUUAAGAAAUAAAAUGGAAAUGUAAACAUCUGACAUAUAUUGUUAGGUGAUGUGUGUUGACCAGGGAUUUCCCUGCUGUUUAAUAUUGUACAAAACUAUACGUGUUGACUUGAUGAUGUAUAUAAAUGCAGGAUGUUCUAUAAAUGUAUGUGUAAGAGAAUAUAUGUUCAACAAGCUGAUUUUAAUUAUUCUAAAAUAUUUUUUAUCAAAAAUGUUUUGUUCUGUAAAUACUGUGUUUUCACAUUAAUGUAGUGAAUGAUUACAUUAUGUUCUGCAAAUAAAGUCCUCACAUCUUUAAUGUGCUUUUCCUAAGUUUUCUUUCUGGUAAAUUAGUUAUGAGCACAGCUACUAUACAUACAGUUGAAGUCAGAAUUAUUAGCCCCCUUUUCAUUUUUUUUUUCUUUUUUAUAUAUUUCCCAAAUUAUAUUUAACAGAGCAAGGACGUUUUCACAGUAUGUCUAAUAAUAUUUUUUUUCUACUGGGGAAAGUAUUAUUUGUUUUAUUUCGGGUAGAAUAAAAGCAGUUUUAAAUUUUUUAAGAACCAUUUUAAGGUCAAAAUUAUUAGCCCCUUUAAGCUAUAUUUUCUUCGAUAGUCUACAGAACAAACCAUUGUUAUACAAUAACUUGCCUAAUUACCCUAGCCUGCCUAGUUACCCUAAAUAACCUAGUUAAGCCUUUAAAUGUCACUUUAAGCUGUAUAGAAGUGUCCUGAAAAAUAUCUAGUCAAAUAUUAUUUACUGUCAUCACCGCAAAGAUAAAAUAAAUCAGUUAUUAGAAAUGAGUUAUUAAAACUAUUAUGUUUAGAAAUGUACUGAAAAAAUCUCUCCGUUAAACAUAAAUUGGGGUAAAAAAAAAACGGGG